AUCGCGCUGGAGCGGCGGCAGGAGCGGAGCGGGACCGGGGAUCGCGAUAGCGCCGCGAUAUCUCCGCGAUAUCCCCGCUGUAGCCGCGCUCGGGAUUAUUGCUCUUGGAGUUUGCCUUCUUCUCCUGCGGAUUACAAUUGCACCAUGACCCUGGAGGAGCUGGUGCCUUGCGAUAGCAGCAAGAUGCAGGCGGUGAGCGAGGCGGUGGAGCGGGUGCUGGUGGCGGCUCAGCGGCAGGACCGCCUCACCGUGGGGGUCUACGAGUCGGCCAAGCUGAUGAAUGUGGACCCGGACAGCGUGGUGCUGUGCGUGCUGGCCACGGACGAGGAGGACGAGGGUGACAUCGCCCUGCAGAUCCACUUCACGCUCAUCCAGGCCUUCUGCUGCGACAACGACAUCCACAUCCUGCGCGUGUCGGGCAUGCAGCGCCUGGCCGCCAUCCUGGGCGAGCCGCAGGCGGACUCCGAGCCCCGCGACCUGCACUGCCUGCUCGUCACGAACCCGCACACGGACGCCUGGAAGAGCCAAGGCUUGGCGGAGGUGGCGAAUUACUGCGCCGAGAGUCGCGACAGGAACCAGUGGGUGCCGUUCGUGUGUCUGCAGGAGCGCUGAGCCCUUCCCGGCCUGGACUUGAAAGGAUUAAAACCCUUUAAAAAAAAAAAAAACAAACCUAAACAGCAGGAAAAAAAAAACCCAAACAAAAAAAGAAGGGAGAAACAGCCAGUUCCAACCCACAACGCCCCACAAAACCCACCGAUUUUAUUUUUCUUUUGAAACGGAGAGGAGGAAGGGGGAGCGCGGCGGCUGCGGUGGGAAUGGAGGGAGCCGAAGCCGGGCCGAGCCCGGCGCGGGACGCUGGCCGGAGCCCGAUGGACGCUGGCCGGAGCCGGGUGGACACUGGCCGGAGCCCGAUGGACACUGGCCGGAGCCGGGUGGACGCUGGCCGGAGCCCGGAGCCGGAUGGACACUGGCCGGA